AAUGCUCCCCACAGAGCAGCAGCAGCAGAGAGAGGAGGAUGGAGAGCCGAGCUAAAUGAAUGAGAUGCGGGCUGAUAGAGACCAAGACAGGCGGAUGAUGAGAGGAUAAACCAAGCCGAUGGAUCACCAAGACCACAAUCUAAAUCCCGGUUUUAACGCUUGGCUAAAUUACGUGAAGAAUUACGCGAACAACAAGAUAUAAAAUUAAAUCUGCUGUUUUGUGAGUGAAGGCUGGUACUGUCGCUCCUACACAUUGACGUUGGUGCAGCUGAUCGCUCUUGGAAGAUGAUACAACCUGGACUAUACACCAAAUAUUUUCUCCAAAAACACCAGACAUGAAGCCCUCUGUUGAAGGAAAACAUCCAGCAUCGCAAAGCAGCGUUAAACGUCUGAUUUGACAGUUAAAAACUACACAAUACCAGACUCCAUUGACGGAAUUUGAUUUUAAUGGCACAGCGGACUAAAAGAAGGAGCCAGCGACUAAAAGUUGGAUUUAUGAACAGUAAAUGUAUUGAUUAUUUAUUCGGCUGAGGUUAAAUAUCUUUACAUGUUACCAGUUUGUCAGAUUUCAGUGUUUUUGCACCACCAGCUGCAGCUAACGGAUGGAUAAAACUAGCUUAUUUUAGCACUAUUUUACAGCUUUAGCUACAGCUAGCUGCUAGGUAGCAUCAGCUGCUGCUUCUCUGCUCAUCAUGCAUGCACAGACACGUUUGCAUGGAUGAAAUCACCAAACAAGAAUGCACCUAAGGGCAUAAUAACAACAACAACAGCACCAGAACAGAGCCCAUGUCUGGACUGAAGACACAACCAGCAGAUCAGCUUUAGUUGGACAGAGACAGAGGAUCAAGCUGUAGCCUCCAGCCUGCUCAACAACACACCACCGACUGAGAGGAUCAUUUACGACUCAACUAAAGCCUCCAAACAUCCAGCAAAAAUGGGCGAGCAGCCCAUCUUCAGUACGCGGGCCCACGUCUUCCAGAUCGACCCGAGCACCAAGAAGAACUGGGUUCCCACCAGCAAACACGCCGUCACGGUCUCCUACUUCUUCGACAACACCAGGAAUGUAUAUCGGAUCAUCAGCCUGGAUGGAACGAAGGCCAUCAUCAACAGCACCAUCACCCCCAACAUGACCUUCACCAAGACGUCGCAGAAGUUUGGUCAGUGGGCCGACAGCCGGGCGAACACCGUCUACGGCCUCGGCUUCUCGUCGGAGAGCAACCUGGCCAAGUUUGCAGAGAAGUUUGCUGAGUUCAAGGAGGCGGCGCGGUUAGCGAAGGAGAAGUCUCAGGAGAAGAUGGAGCUCACCAGCACUCCCUCUCAGGGCGGUGCUGUAAAGAGGAAUGUGUUGUCAGGAAACAAACCCGGUAAAAAGAAGGAGUCGGCCCCGGGCGAUCUGCUGUCACCUAUGACCUCAGAGAGCAUCAACGGAACAGACGACGAGAGAGUCACGCCAGACACGCCACUCACGCCUCAGCACAACGAACCCAGAGCAGAGCCUUCCCAGAAUGCACUGGUCUACUCACACAGUAGGCUAACAGUCUCCCCCUCACCUCCCAGUUCAUCCAACAUCAACAAGCACUGGGAGGCGGAGCUGGCGGCUCUAAAGGGGAACAACGCCAAGCUGACGGCGGCGCUGCUGGAGUCCACGGCCAAUGUCAAACAGUGGAAACAGCAGCUGGCGGCCUAUCAGGAGGAAGCCGAGAGGCUACACAAACGGGUGACGGAGCUGGAGUGUGUGAGCGGCCAAACAACAGUCAUCAAAUCCCAAAAGACAGAACUCAACCAAACGAUAGAGGAGCUGGAGUACGCUCUGAAGGCCAAGGAGGAGGAGUUGGAGAGACUUAAAGAAGAGGUGGAGAGUGCCAACGAGUUUCAGUCUCUAAAAGACUCCCUCACACAGAAACUACAGGACACGGAGUCAAGGAACCAGACGCUGGAGGCCCAUCUGAGCGGUCUGGAGCAGCGUCUGGAGAGCAACCAGCAGGAGCGGGAAGCCUUCCGCACGAGCCUCCGCUCGCUGCUGGAGCUGCUUGACGGGAAGAUCUUCGAGCUGACGGAGCUGCGGGACACGCUGGGGAGGCUCAUCGAGAGCAGCUAGAGAGCGACGGAUACACACCGUCACCACCAACACCACCGCCGCCACCACCACCAGCGCCCGGAGAAGAAACCAUCUGCAUGUUGGCACUCACGUCGUCACUGACACUUGAAUUUUUUUUUUUUCACAUUUCUACGUGUAAAAGUUUACACACGACUUUAUGCAUUAAUGGUACACAACUUUUUUUUGCUACGGUACACGUUUACAAACGAGCCAAGUGAAAGAGGCUUUGCUUGGACCAUGCCUUCCCUCCGCUCCACUCUGGAAUAUUCUCUUAACUACAUGAACAACUCUGAUUUCUUUUUUUUAUUUGUUUCUUGAAUAUCAUGCAGUUUUUGCGUGGAUUUUUGUUCCUUCAAUCAUACAGACUUUAAUUAAUUAAUUAAUUAAAGACAAGUUGCGCUUUCUCUUUUGGUGCAUUCUGCAGCCGCCUGGAGCCGGUGAUUAUUCGUGUUUUUGCUCCAUCUUCUUGUUUUCAUCGUCAGCCAAAUGAACACUUGGGAGUCAGACGAGAAGGACUUUUCCUACUCUGAUUAGUUUUUGUUAUUUGAACUCUGGAGGGCGCUUGGAAUGUCACGAGGAGACAAAUGUUCCUCCUGUGAUUGAAAUCUACGAGGGACUGCCAAAAAAAGAAACAAGCGUCCGGUGAACUUUGUCUUAUAUUCUUCUACAAUAUAUGAGCAAUACAAAAAAGGGAGCAUCAGAGGGUAAAUAAACACUUUCCACUCUCACGUUCAGGUACUUUUACUCCUCUCUCGGAUACGUUUAGACCACAAGCGAGAUUUUAUUCACUUUCUUUCUAUACACUUUUUUUAAAAGAAUAUAAACAAAUUCAUAGUGCACUUGUAAAAAUGGAGUUCGUGUGUGUAUGAGUGAAUCUUUGUUUCUCCUCUUGUUUCUGUUGCGACUUGGAAGUGCAAUGAAUCCUCUUUUUGUUCUUGUUAAUUUAUUGUUCCUGAAGAUGAAAGUUGUACAAAAGCAAAAGAUCUUUUAUUUACAUCUCGUUUUCACUUACUCUUCUUUUUUUAUUGUCUGGUACGUGGGGUCGUCGAGGUAGCUUUGUUCUUUUUGGAAAAAAACUGGCAAUAUUUUUGAACUAUUUAUGAAAAUGAGAAUAUAAAGAAGGCGAUCGCAGGUUGGAUUUGCAGAGAAUCUUUUUUCUUUUGCCAAAUAACGUUUUCCUGUACAGAUUUGAAUUGUUGCCUUUGGUAACUAAACUAGCGGUACUUUAUUUUUUUGUGGGAUUUACUAUUGCCAAAAAUUCAGCGAGGCUAAGAGGAAUAGUAUAUACACCUGAAGAACACUAUUUAAGGGCUUGUUGUUGGUUCGGGUACAUUUGGGAGACUUGAAUGACUUUAGCGGUGACUUUUUGUGUGUGAUCACAUUGACGAAUAUUACAGCUUGAAAGGGAAAAAAAAACAUUUGAAUAAUACUUUUAAAUGUUGAUUAUACCACAUGCUUAAAAACACAAAUUGUAAUUUUGAGUUUAUAGUAAAAGAAAACCAAAUGCAA